AUGAAAUAUUUCUUUGUUGCUGUCGCACUUGUAUUUGCGUUUUCUCAAAUGGUAGCUGCUCAAACUGCUGCUUGUGCAGCCCAAAACGUAUUGGACACCUGUCUUUCAAAUGAGGAUAAUUAUUUAAAGACUUGUAUUGAUAGAGAUUAUGCAUGUCUUUGUAAGUGGCAUACAGCUAAAUUAACUUGCUUUGAUAAUUGCCCUCAAAAUCUUGGUAGAGCUUCACAACAAGGAUUAAAAGACACAUUCUGUUCAAUUGCCCAAACUUAUAAUAACAUUACAAGUAGUUCUAUUGCACCUUCUUCUACCCCUUCUGCAACAGCAAAGCCAAGCAAUAAUGUAGUCUCAAUUAUGCCUAGUGUUCCUUCUUCUAAUUCUACAAGUACCUCUACUUCAAUGUCGAUUUCUAAUCUAAAUUAUCUUGAACAAAGUCUUUUCAUGUUGAUUGCGACAGCUGUUACUUUCUCUUAUUUAAUUUAA